GGGGGGGGGGGGCGGGAGGGAGCGGCGCGCGGCGGCGCGCGCUUCGCGAGCGGGCGCGCCCGGCUGGCAGCCCACGGGGGGCAGCAUCCCCCCGAGGGUGGCGGCGAAGGCGCCGGCGGUGGCCGCGGCUGCGACGGCGUCGGGCGCCGAGGAGCUGGACGAGGACGGCGUGGUCCCGGCGCCGAGGCGAUGCGCCUGGCGCUGCGUCUUCCAGUGCUGGGGGCGCUCUGCACCGGUGCGUGGCCCGUGUCCGAGCCGGAGGACCACGACUGGGUCAGCACGGUGGCGGGGAACGGCGGCGAGGCGGCAGGCAUGCACCACAGCCGCGGCAACACGCUGCCCCUCGUCGGGCGCCCGUGGGGCUUCAACCACUGGGCGCCACAGUCCGUGGGCGAGCCCACGAGCUGGUGGCUCGACGCCGACUCGGACACCUUCCGAGGCGUCCGGUGCACCCACCAGCCGUCGCCCUGGAUCGGGGACUACGGGUGGUUCCUGCUGCGGCCCUUCUUGGGUGCGACAGGUGACGACUGGCUCGGGUUCACCACCUACCGCGCCGAAGGGGCGCUGCGGCCCUACGCCCUGGACCUCACCGCCGGGCCCUUCGGGGUGCGCGUGCAGCUCGCGGUGGCCGAGCACGCCGCCGUCCUCCUUCCCCCCUGGGGUCCCUCCCCCAUCGGUGCCGGCGAACAAGCGCCGCGUCUGCGCCUUGGUCCCGCGUGGGAACGUCAAGGACCGAGGAUGCGGACGAGAAGCGCGCCAAGGCCACCGGCACGCCCACUGGGGAGUGCCACGCAUCAGGCGCCGGCGGCAUCGACGUGGUGUCGCGGAAGUUCGCGGACGGCGUCCCCGAGGGCGCCGACUUCGCGCUGCGGGCGCGGCUCGAGGCGAGCGGGCUGGAGACGGAGGAGAGCUCCCGGAGACGGACUGGUGCGUCGACCGCAACGCGCGGCCCUCGGCAGCGCUGUCGUGCCGGCCGGACCUGGACACCAGUGGGACUGCUCGUGCGGACGCUACGUUCGAGGGCAUCAUUGGGCAUGUCUAUGUGGUCGUCGGUACGAGCAGCGAGUACGAGGAGCAGGAGGAGAUCAAGAGGUUUCUCGACAAGGUAGUCACGAUGAAACGUUCUGAUGCAGUACAAUACAUGGAGUUCAUUGGGUAUGAUCACGUCCCCACUGAUAUUCCAGGGAUCAAGAACUACAAGGCCAGGACGAAGCAGAGGAUGUUCGAGAUUGCAAGGCUUAUCGUUGUGUCUAGAAAAGCAGGAAAAGAGGACGCCACCCAUUACAUCAAGGAGGUGGCCUGCUUGAAAUAUAGGAUGAGCACGACGGAGCGUUUAACGGAUCAGCUCACGGACCUCAAAACUAAAAGGGACAAAUGUCAGACGUACCUGAAGUCGCUCACCACCAGGAUCAACGAUAUUCAGCUUCAGUGCAGAGACGCCGAGAACGAUCUAGUGGCCUGGAAGGCCGCAGUAGAUGAACUCGAGGAGCUCGAGGACUACAUGGUCGGAGAAGAAGAUGCAGCUAUGACGGGAGAAGGAGGGCAUCCAACGCCUGUUAUUCAGAUGGAGCAUGACGGCAAUGAGAUGAAGGUCGAUCAGGCCUCGCCGACGGAGGUCGCAGAGGACCCCUACGGCGUGAAGGCUAAGGCGGAUGCAGAGGACGACGGCGACGCUUUGGCGCUGAGGCGGGCCCCCUGGACGCACGGAGCGGAGGCCGGGAAAGGCACGGACACCACGAGCGCCCAACUGGCCCUCGAGCCCGUGUGCAUCCAGACCAACCUGCCGACAAGGGGGCCCGAGCUCCGCCUGGGCGGCAGCUUGGAGUGGGAUGACGGCCUUGUGGAGCACGCCAAGGUAUUGGCACUGUUCUGCGAGUACCUUACAGAGGCGCUCGGCUCCUUGAGCGCCGACUCCUGGCGCUGGGUCGCCUACGAGGACCUCUGCGACGCCCACCGUCGCGGGGACUUCGCCGCGGUGGACCCCGUCGCGGACUUCCUGGGGCUGGACCGGGAGGCGCUGCGCCGCUCCUUCCGGUGCUUCCGCCCCAGCGCGAAGGACGCCGCGGCGGAGAUGGGCGCGGCGCCGCUGGCAGCGAUCCGCGCGCUGGAGCGGGCGAGGGGCGGCUCCUGGUUCCCCGCGCGGUUCCCGGAGCAGCAGCUGCUGGCCCGCGCCGCCGCCGACGGCGCGGCGCCUUGCGCAACGCUGGCGGAGGACGCCUCGCACAACCAGAAGCUCGCCAUGCUGCUGGAGUCCAUGGACGAGGAGAGCAGCUCGCCGCCUGGCGCGGCGUGGACGCUCCCGGCGGCGGGGCCGCGGCCGGGGAGGGCCGCGCCGCGGCGCUGCGGAGGCUGGAGGGCCUGCUGUCCGAGGAUCAGCGCUUCCUCCUGCGCGGAUCCCUCAAGACCGAGAAGGUGCUGCAGACCCUCCAGGGCGCCAGCGUCGACCCCAAGGCGCACACGUGCGUGCACGUGUGGAUCGAGGGCCGCGGCAUCGGGUCCGAGGUCAACAACCUGA